AUGAACAAGUCGCAACAGCAGCAGCCAAGGCUGCUGCUGUUGCUGCUGCUGCUGCUGCUGUUCACUCAGCAUAAGUGGGUGUCGUGCUCGGUGCUGCAGCCACAAACAGCAGCAGCAGCAACAGCAGCAGCAGCAAGGCAGAAGCUGCCGGCAGGUUUUCCGCUGCAAAUUCGCCUGACAUUCCGUCCGUUGAAGACGAGAGAGCAGCAGCAGCAGCAGCAGCAGCAGCAGCAGCAGCAGGGGUGGAGGCCCGCAAAGAGCGCUGCAGCACUCAGAGCAGCAGAUGCAGCAGCAGCAGCAAGAGCUGCUGACAGCCGUGUUAAGGCCUUCCUGGGUGCUGCUGCUGCUGCUGCUGCUGCCACGGCUGCACUGGCCGCUGCUGUGAGUGUUGCAGCAGAGCGCAAGAAGCAGCAGCAGCAGCAGCAGCUGCUGCUGCUGCCCCAUUUGCUGCGUUCUCUCGCUGCUGGGGGCCCUCUGCUGCUGCUGCGCUCUCCCCACAUCGAAGCAGCUCGAGUGUACAGACAGCCUCCGCUGUCGGAGCUGCUCGCGCUUGUGUGUUUGCUGUCUGACUUGUUAGUCCAGCAGCAGCAGCAGCAGCAACAGAGGAAGCAGCAGCAGAGGCGGGGCAGCAGCAGCAGCAGCAGUGCUGUUGACUGGCAGUUUCCAGCUGAUGACGGGGAUAGUUUGUUCGCUGCUGCUGCUGCUUCUGCAGCGCAGACCUUUAGGCUGCAAGCAGAGCAGCUGCUGCUGCAGGCGUCCAGUUUGAACAGAGCAGCAGCGGGGGAAAUCGUGUGGCAGCAAAGGAAGCAGCAGCAGCAGCAGCAGCAGCUGCUGCUGCUGCUGCAGCAGGAGCGACAGCUACAGCAGUCGCGUCUGCUGCAGGCUGCUGCAGGGGUGCUGCUGCCGCAGUUCCGGCUGCUGCUGCAGCAGCUGCAGCAGCAGGCUCUGAAUCUUUUCGCCGAGAAGACGGAGCACCUUGUUCCUGGAGCAGCAGCAGCAGCAGCUGCUGCUGCUGCUGCUCAGCAGCAGGCGUUGCAGCUGCUGCAGGACAACGCACGUGCUGCUGCAGCAGCAGGGCAGCAGCAGCAGCAAAUCAUGAAGUGCCCGUGCUUCGAAGAGGCACUGUCAGCCGCAGCAGCGCAGCUGCAGCAGCUGCUGCAGCAAGAACUGCAGCAGCUCACAAGGGAGGGUUGUGUUCUUGCAGCAACAGCGGCUGCAGCAGCAGCAGAAGCAAGGCGGCAGCUGCUGCGGCCGUUGCUGCUGCUGCUGCUGCGCCUGCUGCUGCGCCUGCUGCCUCAGUUGCUGCAGCACCUGAGGCAGCAGCAGCCGCAGCAGCAGCAGCAGCACACUGUCCUCGGCGUGCUGCGGCAAGUACUGCUACAAGCUCUUACGCUGCUAAGCUCGUGA